CUCCUCUUCAGCACCGGGAACAGUGGGCCAGCCUGCAGAGCGCUUCCGGAGGCGGAUAAUCCCCAUCUCUACACGCAGUCCUAAUGCAAUCAGGAAGGAAUUGCUAUCACUCACCUUCAGGGGAACACGUUUUGGAAGCAAAUGCAAGAAUCGACCUAGAAGUCCACCAUUAGGAGAAGCCUGGACGAGGACGGAGAUGGAUGUUUGCGUUUCACAUGAUUGUGUAAACAGCAAACACUGAGCGUGAUAAGCCGAUCCUCUAUAAUGUGACAGCUGCUGGCGCAUUUCACCUAGUUUGGGAGAGACUACUGAAACCUCGCGUUUUUGUUUUUUUUUUUCAUUUUAUUUUUUUAUAUUCCAUCACCAUGCUGACGUACAAUCUUAUUCUAACUUUUAUUAUCGCGGCUCUGUGGCGGGUCAGCGGCGAACCUCAAACUCCUUCUUCCCCCGCGACGCAGUUGAAUUCAACAUCAUCAUCGUCAUCAUCAUCCAUCAUCAGCAAGGAUGAGCUGACACAUAAUGUGACAGAUGCAGAAGCCGUGGGAUCCCCGAUUUCAUCUCUAAUGGCGCAUCUUCCAACUCUGAAAAACAUUGUUAUUUUCAUCUGCGUGCUAACAGCUGCUCUCAUCACAUGCCUAGUCAUCAAAGUGGUCAGAUCUGGGAGGCGAAUCAGAAAAACACGGAAGUAUGACAUUAUAACGACACCUGCUGAGCGUGUGGAGAUGGCCCCUCUUAAUGAGGAGAACGACGAUGAGGAUGACUCAACGCUCUUUGACGUCAAAUAUAGGUGAAUCCCAGCAUGGACAUCAAUAUUUGAUAACUCCUGCUUCGCCCCGGACAACUCAAGUGGUUUCCUGUAUUUUUGCGUUGUUCAAGUCUUAUCAGAUCAGCGACUUCAUGUGCAGCUUGUGCAUGGCUUUCAUCUGUGUUUAAAGGAGUGGAGACGCAUGGAUUUCAUUGUUCGCUGUUUCACUGGCGCUUCUAUCAUGUGGCAUGAAUUACCUGCACAGUGCUCCCUAAUAUUAAAGAUCGGAACGCUUCGUGUUGUGACUUUAAAUCAAAAGUCACUCAGAGUUUAAUCGUCUAAAUUCAUGACAUGGAAAUAACAUUUUCUUUUUUUUUUCUUUUCUUUUUUUUUUUUUUGACUGUCAUUGUUAUUAAUUUUUACACUUGAGCUACUUGAGCACUUGAGUAUGUUGGGCAGAGGAGUUUAUAGUAGGAGCCUGCUUUGAAGCUAUGAUCCACCCAUAUUAACACUAAACACCAUCAGUGCGUAAAAUCGUAACAUGCCACAAAUAUACUUUAUUCAUAUGUAAAAAUUUGCACACUGAUGAAUCUAUUGAUAUACAGUGAUUGAUAUUUUUAAUUAAACUUUCAUACCAAAUAUGUUUCUAUCUACUAACCACUUUAUUGUGCAUAUAUACUGUGGAUGGCGGUCUGUCCUUAUGUAUGGAGUAAGCGUAUAUAUUUUUUUACAGUGUGUUGUUGUAGACGUUCCUGUUUUGCUGCUAUCUCAGCUCAAGUUUUAAGUUUUUGAGGUUCAGAUUUGUUUAAAAGCUCAAAUAAUAUUGUCAGGGUAUAUUUGUAAGAUGUUUAUGGAAUACACUGCUAUGAAUGUAAA